CUAGAUUACAGACAGACAGCUGGAGAACAGACUGAGGAAAGGACGAAGCUGAAACUCAAGGGAAACACUGGAUUUCUGACAGUGUGCUAUCAUGGCAGGACCCAGGAUCUCUCGCUCCACAUCAUCUGCUUCCAGUCUGACUGCUGACGAUUAUUCUCUCUAUAGUAAUCUGAGUGAAGAAGAGCUGCUGCAGCUUGCAAUUGAGCGCAGCCUAACUGACACACAUGGCAACACCACCGAAUCCAACACCAUCAGUGCCAACAACACCAUCAGUGCCAGUACCCCCAGCUGUGUCCAGCCUUCUCAUUGUCCUGACAAACUGAACCCAGCAGCCAUAAACACAAACCAGCCAAGCCACAGAGCUCAAAAUUCAUUUCAAGCACAGACCACAGCACACUACAGCUCACCAAACCCACCACCUCAAAAGCCUCCUGAUCCGAAGACAUUUGAUGGGACAAUCAGUCUGUUUGUCACGGGUUCUGGGAAGAGGAUGGUGGCAUAUCGCAGACAUGAUGGCAGUCUGGUCCACAUCUGUCCCGAACCUGAAGAGGAGGAGGAACCUUUGUUCAAAGCAAUCCGUGAAGGUGAUGCAAGCAGAGUGAAAGCACUUGCAAUGUGCCCAGGAACAAACUUGAUGCUGCCGAGUAAACCGGGCUGGCUGGCAGUUCACCAGGCAGCGUGGUUCGGCAAGGAAACCUGUCUGCGCAUGCUGCUGUCAGCUCAGCCUGGGAUGAUCAACAAGAGGACAGAACAUGGCGAGACAGCACUGCUGGUUGCCGUCAGUAGAGAGCAUCUGGGAUGCGUUGAGGUGCUCCUGGGAAGAGGAGCUGAUCCUGACAUCCCAAACUAUGACAAGGAGACACCACUGUACAAAGCCUGUGAGAGGAGCAACCCAGCAAUUGUGGCAGUGUUGCUGAACCACGGAGUAGUGGUGAACACUCGCUGCAUUCAAGGGUGGACGGCACUACAGGAAGCUGUUACCCGAAACAACCUGGACAUCUGUGAGAUGCUCCUGAAGGCCGGCGCCAAACACAGCAUCAGCAACAUGUAUGGCAUCACACCACUCUUCACCGCUGCUCAGAGUGGGCAGCUCGCCACGCUGCGUUUUCUGCUCAAACAUGGUGCUGACAUCAACAGCCAGGCAGCUGAUGGCGCAACAGCUCUGUAUGAAGCCACUAAAAAUGGACAUGAACAAGUCGUUGAGCUUCUCAUUUCGCAGAACGCUGAUGCCAACAAACCAGGAAAGAGGGGACUGCUACCUCUUCAUGUUGCCGCCCAGAGAGGAAGUGACACCAUAGUCUCCAUGUUGAUCCCGGCCACCAGUAAGGCCAGAGUCCGGCGGACUGGCAUUAGCCCUCUGCACAUGGCAGCAGAGCGUAACCGUGAUGAUGUCCUGGAGACUCUAAUCGGGGCAGGGUUCGAUGUCAACACCCAACUAUCAGAGGAGUGGUCUAGGUUGUACGAGGACCGCCGUAGUACGGCACUCUACUUUGCUGUUAUCAACGACAACAUCGAUGCUGUGCAAAUGCUCCUGACUGCUGGCGCUAACCCAAACUUGGAUGUGUUCAAGCCUGUGAUGGUAGCAGCAAGGCAGGGCUGCAUCCAGACCAUCACACUGCUUGUAGAACACGGCGCUGAGAUCAAUGCUACCAUCCCCACCCACCCCACUACUUUCCCUGCCGUGUACAUGUUCUCAAUGAAGUACCUGCCUAUGUUCAAGUACCUGCUAGACCAUGGAGGCAAUGCCCUUUCCUGCUUCAAUUGUGUGUAUGGCAGUCGUCCUCACCCACCAAUCAAAACCAGUCGAACAGAGAGGGAUGAACUCCAUGAUAUCGACCAAGCUGUCCCAAGAAGAGGCAUUCAGUUCUGUGAGAUGAUAUCCGUCCCCAGUAUCUCUCGAUGGGCGGGGCCAAUUAUUGAUGUCUUGUUGGAUUACGUCGGCCAUGUGACUCUUUGCUCCAGACUGAUGGAACACCUGGACAGUUACUCUGAAUGGACCUGCAUAAAGGAGAAAGCGGCUCCACCGCGCUCACUGCUGCAGCUCUGCAGGCUGCAGAUUCUUCACCUGGUUGGUCGCCGUUGGUUGAAGAAGUUGCCACUCCCUGGGGGUCUGAUCCGUUUCCUGCAGCAUCAGGAGUUGAUGUAGAUUGACUG